UCUAUUCACACAACACCAUUAUCUGCGCAACAGGAGACGGGGCGGAGAAAAGCGCACGGUUUGGCCGAUUUGCGCACAGCGACGGCACAGGAAAAACUACACAAACACAGAGAAAAACCAGAAAAACCACAACGACUCAGGACACGAUGAGUCUGCGCGGCUCUAAUCCCAAAUUGAAUUCAAUUGGACAGAGGAGUGCCUCUCGACCGGACUUGACUUUUAGAAACGACGUGUUCGUUGGUGGAAACGGGUACCCGAUGGAGUUCCAAGUGGAGCCUGGAUACCAAACCUACACCCGGUCCUUCACCCGGGCCUCCGUGCACGGCGGCGGCGGCGUCGGCGUCGGCGGCAUCAGCGGAGGCACCAUGAAGAUACCGUCCACCAUGGUUGUCGGGGGAGGUGUCGUACAAAGUGCAAACCAUAUGCAGCAGAAAGUUGAUUUUUUGGCAGACCAAUGUGAGGACUUCCUGGACAAAGCCAGGUUAAUCAUCUACAAUAGAGGCUCAAGGGCUGAAGCAGAGAUGUGUUUAUCAAAAGCAGCAGAAUGCAUCGACAGGCUGGUGAUUCACGGGCGAGAAUUGCAAGAAAUGCGUAUUCCGAACGACGUUGGAAGAAUAACUGAAAUGUUCCAACAAAAGUUUGCUGCAACCACACAGAUGCUUGCCGGGCAAGGGACUAUAAAACUUAACAAAGGUGGUCAGAGCAGCGAUGGCGGGCGACUCUUCCAAGAAGCCAUGGCCUGGAUAAACAUGCAGAAGCGCAUGAUUGAGACAGGUGCAUUCGGUGAUGACCCCAGCGCCAUAAAUGAACAAAUUGCAGCCCACAGCAAAUUCCACAGCACUAUUCAAAGAAGCCCAGAAAUAAUGACUGCCAUGAGUCAACUGGCAUCAACAGACGAUAAGUACCACCUCAAUAUCCUGGAACAAGAAACGGAGUCCCUGCAGAAAAUGUCCCUAAAACGCAAGGGUCAACUUCAUGAUCUUCAGAACAUCAUCGAGGAGAUCUCUCAAGCCAUCAUGUGGGUGAAUGAGAGAGAGGAGGAGGAACUAGUGUUUGACUGGGGAGACAAAAACAUCGACAGUUAUGUCCUAAAGAAGCAAGAGAGCUACUCGAGGCUGAUGAGCAGCUUGGAGGAGAAGGAGAAGGAAUUAAACAAGCUGAAGCUGAAAACAAGUUCCCUCCUGAACAAUAACCAUCCUGCCUCCGAUAAGAUUGAUGCCUACAUGGACACCCUACAGACUCAGUGGAGCUGGCUUCUUCAGAUCACAAAGUGCAUCCAAAUACAUCUAAAGGAGAAUUCUGCCUACAGUCAAUUUUUCAAGGAGGCCAACGAAACAUAUUCAAAGCUUCAGAAGCAGCAUGAGACCAUCAAGACCAAGUUCGUAUGUGACAAAAACACCCGUCUGGAGAACCUUCUUGAAAUGCUGAAAAAUCUGGAGAAAGAGAAAGAGCGGAUCAUGGAGAAUAAGAGGCAGGUCCAGAGUUUGGUCAGCAAGUCGAAGUCAAUUGUCAGGCUGAAGCCCCGAAACCCUGAGGAGAAGUUUGUCGGCCCUAUCAUGGUUAAGGCGUUGUGUGACUUCAAGCAGGACCAGAAAAGCAUAAUGAAAGGCGACGAGGGCAUCUUGAAAGAUAACUCUCAGCGCAGCAAGUGGAAUGUGACGGGACCCGGGGGUCUCGACAUGUGGAUACCUUCCGUGUGCCUGAUCGUUCCACCUCCAAAUCCACUCAGCAUCACAAUUGCUAACAAAAAUGAGCAGUAUUAUGAAGCCAUCAUGGAAAUUUGGAAUCAGCUCAUCAUCAACAUCAAGAGUCUCAUCGCCUGGCAGUACUGCCUCAAAGACGUUAACUACAUCAACUCCCUCACCCUUAGCAUGCUGUCGAAGAUGAAUCCUGAGGAGUACCGCAGUAUCAUCAGAAGACUGGAGACCCACUACCAGGAGUUCCUCCAUACCAGCAAGGGUUCUGAUAUGUUUGGGGAAGAGGAUAAGAAAGUCAUACAGGGCCAGUUUGACAAGGCCCAACAGCACUAUGAUACACUGAUUGUCCAGCUGCCCAGCUACAGGGAAGAAGGGGUGAAGACUGAACCUCCAAAGCAAGAAGUCCAAGUCCCAGUUAAACAACCGCCCAAACCCAGCACUGUCAUCAACCUUUCGUGGCUCAGCAAUCUGCAAGAAAUCCGCCACAGGCUGGAAGUGGCCGAAUCCGGCCUCACCAACCAUCUGCACGUUCCUCUGGGGGAAAACAAUGUACACGAGUGCUCUCUGCACAUCCAGAAGCUUCAGGGUGCGCACCAAGAUCUAGAGUCGAUUUAUGAUCAGUACAGGCAUCUAAAAGAAGUGAUUAUAAAGCAGCUAAAGGGGGUCCCUGCAGACUCAGAGCAUGCCAAGUUCCUCCGCUCUGAACUGGAAAUAAUUAACCAAAAAAUAGGAGGCCUCCGGCAGCUUUACUCGGUCUACCUUCAGAGACUGACCUCACUGAAGGCCUUGCUCCAAAGCCUUCUCCAAGCAGAGGAUAUUAUUAAAGUUUACGAGGCCCGACUGACGGAGAAGGAGACCAGUUCCACGGACAUUCAAGAACUGGAAAUCCAUCGCAGUGCCCUAAGGAACAUGAAGAGCGAACUGGAUCAAAAACGGGACCUGCUGACUUCCAUGGAGUCUCACUUGAACGAUACGAUGCACCUUAACAGUCAGAUUUCGGAUUCGUUCCACAAAUGUGACGUAGAUUUGUCCAAGUACUCCGAACUGGUGAAACAGCUCUCAGACCGCUGGUACCGCAUCCAGCACCAGAUCGAUAACAGAAUGCUGGACCUGGACAAACAAAGGGAGCAUUUAGCGCAAUAUCAGCAGGACAGACAUUCCAUGGAGCAGUGGAUAGACAAUACCAGGAAACGCCAAGACAACCUUCAGAUGGCCAAGUUCACUGAUAUCCAGACUCUAAUGGACCACCUUAAUCAACAAAAGGUUCUUCACAAUGAGAUCAAAAGCAGGAAGGAGAAGGUAGAGGACGUGCAGAGGAAUGCUGAAACCUGUGCCACCUCCAUAAAGGACUAUGAGCUGCAGCUUGCUUCUUACAGUUCAGGACUGGAAACUUUGCUCAAUGUCCCAAUCAAGAGAACUUUGCUCCAGUCACCUGCUUCAUCUGUCAGAAGAGAGGCCGGUGAACUUCAGGGACAUUACAUCGAGCUGCUUACCCGCUCCAGCGAUCAUUACAAAUUCCUGGGUGACUUUCUGAAGAACAUGGAAGAGCUCAAGUUAAGGAACACCAGGAUUGAGUUGCUUGAGGAGGAACUGAGGAGUCUAAAGGAUGAGCUCCAAGAUCAAAAACAAAAAAAUAGAUCUCUGGAGGACACCUUGGCCAGCUACAAGCUGGAGCUCAGUCAGUAUAAAGAUGAUCUCCUUUCAAUGCAGGAAGUGAAGAGAACCACAGUACUGCAAGUCAACGCUGCCAAGGAGAGCCUUGAUAGCACGCAGAUCCAGAUUCAGAAUCUUUCAGACGAACUGAACCGCGUUAAGUAUCAGCUUGAGGAGGAAAAGAGGAAAAGAAGGCUUGCGGAAGAGCGCUACACGAGCCAGCAGGACGAGUAUGAGGCGGCUGUCCGUCGCAGGCAGAAAGAGCUGGAAGAGAUCAGCUGGAUAAAAAUAGAUCUAGAGAAGUCGGUGAAGGACAGAGAACGUGAAAUUGAGAGGCUGAAGAUGCAGCUAGAGGAGGAAACAACACGUCGCAGAAAUGCCGAAUCAGAUAUAUCAAAGGUAAGAACACAGUGCACCCAGGAGAUAAGUCAGCUCAAACAGACAUACGAGACAGAGAUCAACAUCAGCAAGACCACCAUUCUCAAAGUGUCCCAGCAGAAAGAUGACGAUGCAGGACAGUUGAGGCUACAAGUGGACCAGCUCACUAGCGAGAAGAGAGAUCUGGAAGAAGAGCUCAGGAGACAGAGACAGUCCAUUGCUCUCAUUGAAAUGCAGAGAAGCAAGGCAGAGCAGGAGGUCAGCCAGCAGAUGGCCUCAGUGACGCAGGAGACGAGGGUGCGCACUGAGCUGGAGCUGCAGUUGAGAACGCUCAAGCAGCAGAGAGAGGAAGAUGAGGUGAAAUUGAAGGAAGCCAAUAAAGGCAAUCAGGAAAAAUCCAGACAAAUCAGUGUGCUAACGUUUAACCUGGAGGAAGAAGGUAAAAAGAGGAGAGCUCUGGAAUUGGAACUCAGUCACCUGAAACAAGCCGAAGAGCAACUGAGGGUAAAGAACAACUCUUACCUUCAGACAAUUAACAAACUCAAAGUGACUGAGCAAGAGAUCCACAUCACCCGAGUGGAGUUGGAAAAGCAGACCAGCGAGAAAACCAAGGCUGAGCAGAGUUCUUCUAGGCUCCAAAGCCGUAUCAGGGAACUUCAGUCCUCUCUGGACGGGGUGGAAGCUGAGCUGGAAAAGCAAAAGAAGGCGGCGCAAGAGGAGUUCACCCGUAGAAAGCGAAUGGAGGCAGAGUUGGAGAGGAUGACGCGUACGUGCAGAGAGCAUACCACUACAAUCAACACACUAAAAUCCGUUCAGAUAGAGGUCACAAACACUGGGAGGAAGUAUGAGCAGGAUAUGAGGUCUCUCCAGGACGAGCUGGACAAGAGCCUGAGGGAUCAUAAAAUCACCAAGGAAGAACUGGCGACAGUGACGAAUGAACUCAAAUCACUGAAACAAAAACUCCAGCAAGAGCAGGUGCGGGUUCAUGAGCUCAACCAGCGCAACGAAAGCCUGUAUAAGACCAUCGAGGAGAAGAGCCGCUGCCUCAACGAGCACACUACAGAGAUUGAAAAGCUGAAGACGCUGACACAGAACCUGACCAAAGAGAGACUGAGGUUGGAGGAAGAGCUGAGGGCAGUGCGGCAGGAGAGAGAUGACGCAAAGAUGAGCAAAGUUGCUAUUGAUGCAGAAAGCAGCAGUCAGAUAUCUGCCUUGCAUGUCCAGCUUCAGACUAGCUCCAAGAGGACAUCUGAGCUCCAGUUGCUCCUCAGCGACCUGACCACCGAGAGAGAAAAGCUUAAAAUGGAAAUAGAAAAAUUCCAAAAGCAUUCAAUUGAGAACUCCAAGUUGGUACAUGAGUCCCAAAGCAAAUACAGUGACCUAGCACUGGAGAGGGAUACCUUGCUUUCCAAGCUUAAACUGCUGGAGCAGGACAAGAACCGCAAUCAGAGAUUAGAAGAGGAGCUUGUACGCCUCAAGCUCACUCUUGAAACCGAGAUUCGCAGCAAACAGCGUUUUCAGGAUGAAAAAAAUUCUAUCCUUAAAGAGUUCAACUCUAUGAAGAGCCAGUAUGAGUUUAAAGAAAGCCAGAUUAGACAGUGCGAGUCAGACAGGGACAAGGCCGAACGAGAGAGGCUCUCUCUUAAGAAUGAGAUUGAGAGGCUGAUGAGGGAGCUGAGCAGUGUGGAGGAGAGGUACAAGAGUCGUCUCUUGAUCUCUGAAAAGGAGGCGUCUGAAUUGGCUCUAAGGAGAGAUGCCCUGGAGAGAGAGAUUCUUAGACUGAAACAGAAACCAUCUUCAUUGAACAUCCACACCCAGACAGAUGAGAAGGUGAUGACGAUUGACCCAUCAAAGCUUGUAUUUGAUGGAGUGCGCCGCAAAGUCACAGCCCACCAACUUUAUGAUUGUGGUAUAAUCAGUAAAGCAACCCUGGACCAACUGCUAAAUGGCAAAAAGACCGUGGAAGAAGUAGCUGUGGACAUCCAGGUUAGUCUAAAGGGCACCGGCAUUAUUGCUGGGAUGAGAACAGGUUCUCAGGGGAAAAUGCCAUUCACUGAAGCCAAACACAAAAAUCUCCUUAGCCCAGAGAGUGCUCUCAUGCUCUUGGAAGCUCAAGCAGCAACGGGCUACAUUGUGGACCCUGCAUUUAAUGAGAAGAUGCCUGUAGAUACUGCCUGUUCAAGAGGGAUUGUAGACACAGAAGAUAGAGAUAUCUUGUUGAAAGCCGAAGCGGCCAGCACAGGGUUUAAAGAUCCAUACUCUGGCAAGGUGCUGUCUGUGGGACAGGCUUGCAAAAAAGGUCACAUUGACAAAGAAACUACCAUACGGUUGCUCCAGGCUCAGGAGUCUGUUGGGGGCAUAUUAGAUCCCGUUCUGAGUGUGUACCUUUCAAAAGAUCUGGCCUUGGAUCGCAAUCUUAUAGAUGAUGAUCUCUACAGGGCUUUGAAUAAAAAGCCUACCUCCUACCUGGACCCAGCAACAGGAGAGAAAAUCACAUAUACUGACCUUAGAAAGAGGUGUACAGCUGAACCGGUGUCUGGUUUGCUUUUGCUCCGUGGUCCGGAAAAGUCUGUGACAGUGAAGGGUAUCCGCGGGGAAGUUUCUCUCCAAGAGCUAGUGAGUUCUGGGCUGAUAGAUGAAAAGGACAUGGAAAGGCUCUCCAAAGAAGAUAUUGAAGACAAGCUCAAGUCGUACCUCUUUGGCUCCACUUGUAUCGCAGGUAUCUAUGAUGAGGCCAAUGACAGAACAAUGACUCUCUAUCAGGCAAUGAAGGAAGGAUUGCUAAUGAGAGGAACCACCUUAGAGCUUCUUGAAGCACAAGCGGCUUCAGGCUUCAUUGUUGAUCCAGUUAACAAUCUUUUCCUAACAGUAGAAGAAGCCACCAAAAGAUGCAUUGUAGGGAAGGAGUUCAAGAACAAGCUCCUGUCAGCAGAAAAGGCAGUAACUGGAUACAAAGACCCAGCUACAGGAAAGACAAUUUCCCUCUUUCAGGCUAUUACGAAUGAUAUUAUUGAGAGAGGUCACGGAAUCCGGUUGCUUGAGGCCCAAAUUGCCAGUGGUGGAAUUAUUGACCCAGUGCACAGCCACCGUAUUGAUGUAGCUGUUGCUUAUAAAAGAGGAUAUUUUGAUGAGGAAAUGAAUGAGAUCUUAAGCUAUGAAGGAGAUGAUACAAAAGGGUUCUUUGACCCUAAUACCAAGGAGAACCUGACCUAUCUUCAACUGAAAGAGAGAUGCAUCAAAGAUCCAAAAACAGGGCUAAUCCUCCUGCCCCUCAAAGACAAGAAAAGGGCUCAACAGUCAAAGGAAAGUCGCACCAAUGUGCUACGUAAAAGGCGUGUUGUGAUUGUAGACCCUGACACAGGGCUUGAGAUGUCAGUCAGGGAAGCUUAUCACAAGGAGCUAAUUGACUAUGAAACAUUCCUAGACUUGUCAGAGCAGGAAUGUGAGUGGGAGGAAAUCACUAUCACGGCAUCAGAUGGGUCCGCACGUUUAGUCAUUGUGGAUAGAAAAACUGGGACUCAGUAUGACAUUCAGGACUGUGUAGACCGUGGUAUCAUUGACAAAAGAACAUUAGAUAACUACCGUGCUGGAAACCUUACCUUGACAGAGUUUGCUGACCAAAUUACCAGCAGGACCAGCAGCACCGAGAUGACUAUUACGGCCAAUAGUGUUGAUGACAUGGUCACAUGUAGCAGCCCCACCUUAGCCACACCAACUUCCCCAACUGUUCGUAGACGCUUGAACAGCAUCUCAAUUACUGUCUCCCCUCCCGGAAUGUUUGAUGACCAUAGCCCUGUAGGAGCCAUAUUUGACACAGAGACCUUGGAGAAAAUAACUAUUCUUGAGGGGCUCAAAAGAGGCGUUGUUGACACUAUUACAGCACAAAGGUUGCUGGAGGCUCAGGCUUGUACGGGUGGUAUCAUUAACCCUGCAACUGGUGAUCGUCUGUCACUUGAAGAUGCCGUCCAUCAGAGUAUUAUUGAUGAAAACAUGGCUGCUAAACUGAAAGCCGCCCAGAAAGCCUACGUUGGGUUUGAGGAUGUGAAAACCAAAAGAAAGCUCUCAGCAGCAGAGGCAGUAAAGGAGACCUGGCUACCUUAUGAGGCAGGCCAAAGGUUUUUGGAGUUUCAGUAUUUGACAGGAGGUCUAAUUGAACCACAGAAAGGCCGUCGCAUCAGCAUUGAAGAGGCCAUCCGCAAAGGCUGGCUAGAUGGUAAAGGGGCGCAGAGGCUGCAGGACACCCAUAACCAUCCAAAGAAUUUGACCUGUCCCAAGACUAAGCUGAAGAUCACCUACAAACAAGCCAUGGAUAGCUGCAUGGUGGAGGAAAGCAAUGGAAUGAAGAUGCUGCAGGCCUCUUCUGUGUCCACCAAAGGCAUUAGCAGUCCUUACAAUGUCUCCAACCCAGGAUCUCGCUCUGGUUCAAGGGCUGGUUCUCGCACCGGCUCAAGGAGUGGCUCUCGCAGAGGCAGUGUUGAUUAUUCUAGUUACUCCUACAAUUUCUCCUCCAGCAGUGUCAGCUACAGCUGAAACAUUCACUCCUAGUGCAGACCAAAAAAAAAAGAAAAACUCCUUUGUAACUUUACUGUUUUAUUCCUAUUGUGUCUUAGUUCAAAUAUAGCUGGGUUUCAUUUUUCAAAUAUUUAAUCAGACUUGGAAUUUAUACACUAUGAUUUACCUGUUUGCAAUUUUGGAAUAGUUGGAUUUUAACAUUAAAUGUUGACUACUAUUGACUGUUGUCAAAACUUGUCAAACCAUAGCUGCCAUAGCUUUUUCUAGUAAUUAUGCUAGAUUAACACAUUUAAUUUCAAUUUUGCUCUUUGUGUUCCAAUUAGCUUCAUCUUUCUAGUGGAGCUAUAAUUGAUUGUUUUCUUUUCUUUUUGACGUAGAAUUUAUUUUAGCUUAAUUUGUGUAUUUUGUUUUUUCCAGAUUUUUUUCAUUUUUUUUGUGUAUCACAAAUGCUGAUGUUUUGUUCAAAUUUAAAAAGAUAACACUAUAAACUCUUGCAAUUCAAAUAAAGUAGUCAUAGAGAGUUCUAAUACAUCUUUAUCCAGCUGUUGAGAUCCGUAAUAUUCCUUAUAAAUUAGGAAAUAACUCUAUGAAGAGAAGAUAGUGUGUACUGUUAUUGGCUUUUUUGUAACGUAAAAUAACUAUGUGUUUUUGUUUUUACCACAAUUAACCUGAUCCAUGAGGUUUUGAUCAGAAUUUAUUGCAGCUUCGUGUGUUUUGUUUUUCACAGACUUUAUGUAGUUGUCUGCAAAUACUGAUGUUUUCUUGGAAAUAUAUAAACAAAAAAUACUAUAAACAUUGUAACGUUUUUGUCAUAAUUUCAAAUAAAGUUAUAGAAAGUUA